ACGUCACAUCCGCUCCUCAGGUCUCUGGCCGCAGAUCAUCGAUGGAUUUUGUAUCUCGAUUUCUUUACUAGAAGCUCUUAAACAAAAUUAUUCAUACAGUUUUCGUGGUGUGGUGCUAUGUCUUGGGGGAUGACGGGCCAAACGCCAUGCCUAAACAGUCGGUGGGACAAACCUGCGCAGAGUAUCACGAAUGCCCCUUCAAACAGCGCAGUGUCCCCGUCCCCACAGACCGGAGAUGGAGCCGUGUCCGCGGGGGGAGUGGAGAAGGCAGCUGCCAUGGCCGCUAAAAUAAACGCGAUGUUGAUGGCAAAAGGAAAACUCAUGACCCCGCCUCCCUUAUUAGCCAAGAAGCCCCCAGUUGCCCCAGUGCCUGUUGUUGAAGAAAUGGUGGUCACAGAGGUUGACAUCAAUGACGUGCCUAUAAACAGCAGAGACCUUCUGACCAAAGGCAAAACCCAAGAGGAGAUUCGACAGUUUAGUGGGGCCGUUGUCACAACCAAAGGGCACUACAUGACAGAUGCUGAGAAGGGCAAAGUGGCAGGACAAAGACCUCUGUAUUUACAAGUCCAAGGGAAGACGCAGGAGCAAGUCAACAAAGCGGUGAUGAAAAUAAAGGAGAUAAUUUCAGAGGAUGUGUUGAGGGCGUCAGCAGCGUCGGGGGUGCCUCCUCCUGUGGUGCCUCCUUUGACUCUGUACCCUCAGCCUCCACGCUCCGUCGUUUCCCCGGCAACUGUCCCUGUGCCAGUCAUGGGACAUCGGCCUGCAGCGCCUCACACAGGGAGUUUUGUGCACACAAAAAUAUUUGUAGGUCUGGACCACGCGCUGCCUUCGUUUAAUGUCAAGGAGAAAGUGGAGGGACCCUCGGGGGCGUAUCUGGGCCACAUUCAGAACGAGACAGGGGCAAGAGUUUUCCUCAGAGGAAAGGGGUCUGGAUACAUCGAACAGGCUUCAAAACGGGAGUCAUUCGAACCUCUUUAUGUCUACAUCAGUCAUCCAAAUGCAGAAGGACUGGAGGCAGCAAAGAGGCUCACAGAAAACCUGCUGGGGACAGUGAGAGAACACGCCCGAGUGACGGCAGCGUUCCCAGUCCCAGCCCCAAGUGAGUCAUGGUUUAUUCAUGGAUAUCCUCCUAAUAGCACUUACUCUAACCAGGGAUCUUGGUAUAAUUACCCAGCCAAUGGGUAUGCGGGCGCCUACCCGGCAGCGUACCCAGUGGGCUACUGGAGCAAUACCAACGCUGCCCCAAGUCAAUCUAACCUGUCGACCACCCCUCCGUCUCCUCAGGCUAUGGUUCAGUAUCCGAUGUGCCCCAGACCACCUCAGCCCUACGUCGCCCAGGCUCCUGGUGUCGCAGAGAAAGUGGAGGCUGAAGGAUCUGUGAACGCCGCAGACACAGGAAGUCCCAAACAGCUCCCCCAGGCUCCAAAGGCCGAGCAGCCUGUCACCAAGUCCCCUGAGCGACCUGCUCCUGUCUCCAAACCAGUGGGGGAAAAAGUCGUAGAACGUCUUCUGAUGCCUCCUCCACCUCCUCCUGUGUUCACCGCCCCGGCCCCCCUCCUCCAGCUGCUCAACGCAAACGAACAAGAGACCCCCAACCCCCUACAGCUGCUAAGCCCUCCCCUGCUCCAUCGGUGGGCAUCUCUCUUCUCUUGUCUUUCUCUUUUUGUGUGUUCUCUUAUUUUGACAGGUGAUCAAGAUGAAAUCCAGAGAAAGAAAGCAAAAGUGUCCGUGGAUGCAUCUGGUUUGGUGCCCUAUGGAGGCGACUCCUCCGAUGAAGAGGAGGAGAAGACUCAUAGCAACAAGACGUGACCCUCCCAGUACAGACUUAAUC